UCUUGGUCGUAAAGUUAUCUAAAAAGUAAACACAACAAAUAUGACUCACAGCAAUGAGACUAAACAAAGAAAUGGCUCAGUGGUUCACACAGAAACCGCCAAAUCGAGUGAGGAUCCUUUUCAGGCCAUUAUGGAGAGGGCUGGAAAUCAUGGACGAUUUCAAUUGAUCUACAACAUCAUCUUUGUCAUGGGACUGGCAAUGGCUGGAGCCAUGUGUUAUAUGAACAUCAUACUGGCCUUAAAUAUACCCGACCAUUGGUGCACCGUAGCGGGAAGAGAGAAAACGAAUUUCACUUUGGAUGAAUGGCGGCGAUUGACAUUGCCCACGCAACGGGACAAUCGUGGUGCAGAGAAGUAUAGCAGCUGUCAAAUGUUUGAUGUGAAUUUCACCGAAAUUGAUGACUGGCAGAAUUGGAAUUCGGCAUCAGCAAAUGUAACAGGGAUAUUACACCUGGUUCCUGAUUUUCUCUGGCCUGGCCGCCCUCACCAUUAAUAGUCUCUUUCAAUCACCUCAAAUUAUUGGCAUGGAAAUAUCGAGAGAAGAAGAUCGUAGUACCAUAGCGAUUUAUCAGAGUUUUGGCUGGUCUAUUGGAACAACACUGAUGCCGUUGCUUUUUUGGUGGUUACGUGAAUGGGAGCCCUUCAUGUGGAUAACAACGGUGCCAACAGCCAUAGUUUUGAUUUUCUCAAAAUACGUCAUUGAAUCGCCACGCUGGUUGAUUAGCAAGAAACGCUUUGCUGAUGCGAUUAGGCAAUUUAAGAAAAUUGCCAACAUCAAUGGACGUCAAUUUGACAUGAGCGAAAAAGAGUUGGCCGCCAUCUACCAAAGCACCGAUGAGGAAGUGACGUACGGCAUAGCAUCGUUGUUCUCCGGUUGGCGUUUGGCACGAAAUACCUGCAUAAUGGGUUUCAGUUGGUGCGUGGUGGCUGUUUCCUACUUCACUUUGGUGCUUUUCAGUUCACGAAUGAAUGGAAAUCCUUUUCUAAAUUUCCUGAUGCAAAGCAUAGUUGAAAUUCCUGCCUAUAUGGUGGGUAAAUAUGUGGGUGACAGGUUUGGGCGUCGUUUCACCAAUAGUUCCUCCUUUUUUGUCUCCUUUUUGGCCUGCAUACCUUUAAUAAUACUAGCCACAGAGGAAAAACAUGAAUUGAUUGUCAUGGGUUUGGCUGCUUUUAUCAAAUUUCUAAAUGCUGUCACCUUUUUCACUGCCAGUUUGCAGGGCAUGGAGAUCUAUCCCACGUGUAUGCGUCAGACGGGCAUUGCCCUUGGCACCAUACUGGCAAAUGCUGUGGGAAUUUUGGCACCAUAUUUGGUGUAUUUGGGCACCACCGUCGACAUCCGCAGUCCUUAUUACAUAUUGGGAGCACUCUUCUUCAUAGGCGCCGUUGGAGCGCUAUUUCUACCCGAAACAUUGCACAAAAAACUACCCGAUACCAUGGAGGAGGCUCGCAACUUUGGCAUACACGAUAAAUUCUUCAGUCUACCUAAGGCGCCACCUGCCAAUGCGGAUGAGACUACAGAGAAACUAAAUAAGGCCGAAUAUGCGCCAUAAGCCAUAGCUUUGUGAUUGUUUUAGCCUAAUUCCUGUUCUUUCAGUAUUUUUAUGAUUUCGUAAGAAGCGGAUGGAUAUUUUGUCCGUUUCCUCUUUCCUUUGUCCAAAAGGGUGACAAUGUGAUGUUUGUACUUUAAGAUUAAUUCUAUUUUUAGUUCAAUUGUUUUUUUAUGACUCCCUAAGUGGUUGUGUAUAUAAGAAAAUUAUGUAUAAAAAAAAUAUAAAAUUAUUAAAAAAAUU